AUGGGUUCAAAACCAUUCCACUGCAAAAAAUGUGCCUACUCAUGUGUCAAUAAGUCGAUGCUGAAUUCGCAUAUGAAAUCGCACACCAACAUUUAUCAGUUUCGUUGUCGUGAUUGCACCUACGCUACGAAAUAUUGCCACAGUCUGAAACUACAUCUUCGCAAGUAUAACCAUAAUCGAGCAACCGAUAUCGCUGAUUCACCAUCCGCCACUUCCGCCGGUGCUGCUGCUGCUAGUUGUACUACCGCUGGUCCUAGUGGUCUUUGCAACGGUGGCAUACAGAAAGUAACUGCAGAAAGCGGUAAUGAAGGCCCUCUCCGGCGACUUAGCGAAUCCUUCACAGGAACAUCAGCUGAUGGUUCUUGCUCACCGGAAGCACUGCCAACUGCCUCAACAAUGGCUCAGGAGAUUAGUGCUGCAUUGGGUAUGGCACCAAUGGUUACCACCAACUCACUGAAUCUUGCUUCGCAUCUACUCUUUCGCCAACAGCACCAGGUAACUCGUACAGUAUUACAUUGUCAUAGUGAAGCUGCAGUUCAGGAAGGUAACAAAAAUUUAUCGAAAUGCCAAGAUCACUCGAUCCACUAG